GCUCAAAGUCAAACAGAGUGUAAAGAGAAGAGAAAGGGGUAAUUUUUUGGACUCAGCCAUGAAGGUUUGGCUGUUGGCUGCCUAGCUUUGAGUUGGUGAAAUAAUUAACAAAGGGGCAAGACCUUUCCAAGGUUCUGGACUAGCAGCUGUUUCAGUUCUGGUCUAGCAGUUGUUUCAGCCCAUAGAUUCUCAGUGGUUUGGACUAUAAACCCAUCACCACAUCGUCCUCAGACAAGGAGUGCCAAGGGUCAUAAUAGCUAAAAAGGAUAGAGACCAUAGCCAAACCUCUCCAAAUGAGGAAUUACUUUUUACACAUGUUACAUUCGUCAACGAUUAGAGGAAAGAAUUACAUUUCAAAAGUAACUGAAAUUAUUAGUAUAACAAAUCACAAAAUCCAGAUUGUUUUCGAAAUCAGUUUUAAACUUCACUUUUGAGGCAUUUUGACAGGAUUUUUCAAGUCCCCCCCACCAUUCUCUUAUCAAUCGAACAUUUUUCUCUCUCAGGAAAAGGAGGAAGGCAAGGCCAUUCCUGUGAAAAGGAUUCCAGUAUAACAACAAAGAAAGGAUGGUUGUAACAAAUAAGAACUAAGCCCACCUGGAACUUAAACUUGUGUGUAGUUUAAUUAGGCAAUGAUAAUAGUUGCCGGUCAGUUCUAAACAAUGAAAGUCACCGGAGUGGAUCCAUAGUUUCUUAAUAAAGAUUUGCUGAGUUUUUAACUACUGAAACCUGAUUUUCUGAACUUGGAAUCUGUCUGGUUUUGACAAUAUAUACACUCACAUAAAUGCAGGCAUAAGGUUGACUUAUGCCUUUGCUUGCACUACUAAUAGGAUGCCAGCCACUGGAUACUCAGUGUGCAAAUCUAUCAAAGACAUAAGCAUCUGAAGAGAAACCUGGCUCAAAGCAGCGAGUGGGAGGACAGAUGGGUCUCCCUGAACAGACAAAAUGUCAUUCAGAUGUGGAUGUUGUGGAGUUGCUUCAAAUUUUCCCUUAGCUGGGAAUGGCUAGUGGUUCCCAUGUGAGUGGGGUAGUGAUGAAUUCGGAUUUCCCUUUGAAUGUUACGGGAAUUGUCCACGGUGCUUUACUCAUCCCCAUAAUAGUUUGGCACCUUGGGUACUUCUUCUAAAGUUCAAAGUCAAACCUGAAGCAGAUGCACCACUCUACUAGAAUUAGAUCCACCAGCCACCACUGUUCCCAACAUGAAGAACACUCCCCUCCAAUUUCACCUUCUGGAUACUGGAAUCAUUUUUGUGCUCUGUGGAUGGAGGAAAGCAUGCCAUGCCAAUCCCUACAAUGAUCAAAAAUAGACAUAUGCGGGCAUAAGGUUUACUUACAACUGCGCAUGCCAUUCUUUUUAAUUCCACAUGUCUGGCUGGGAUAAGCUGGUAGCUCAGCCUUCAACUGAGGUUGAUAAAUGACAGGACAAGACUCCCACUGUUUGUAUAGCAAAGGUGAUGCAAGAAAGUGUGGAAACUCUCUUUGCAAGUCCCCUCUAUAUAUAUAUAUUCAGCCAAAGACACCAUUUGCAAAGAGCUAGACUCUGGCAAGAACUGCAAAGGCUAUGGAGAUCCUCUCGAGCACCAAGAUGGACUUCAGUGGGGCCUUCAGCCUUCUUCUGGCCAUGGCCAUCUCCUGUCUUCUCUUCCUCCAUUUUUCCUCCAAAAAGAAGCUCCGUAGCCUUCCUCCAGGACCCACUCCGCUCCCUUUCAUUGGCAACAUGCUUCAGGUGGAUGUGAAGGAGCUGAUUAAGUCACUGAGAGAGCUCAGCAAGACAUAUGGCCCGAUGUACACCUUCUACUUGGGCUCUCGGCCCUGCGUGGUCCUCUCUGGCUACCAGGUGCUCAAGGAGGCCUUGGUCGACAAGGCAGAAGACUUCAGCGGCCGAGGGGACUUCCCUGCCGUCCAGAUGUGGAGCAAAGGAAAUGGAAUCGUUUACGGCACCGGAGAACGUUGGAGGCAGUUGCGCCGGUUUGCUAUCUCCACUUUCAAGAACUUUGGGAUGGGAAAGAGAUCCAUUGAGGAGCGGAUCAAGGAGGAGGCUCAGUUCCUGAUGGCUGAAUUCCGGAAAACUGAAGGGAAACCCUUUGAUCCCACUUUCUUCUUGAGCUGCGCCGGAUCCAAUAUCAUCUGCACCCUAGUUUUUGGAGAGCGUUUUGAAUACACAGAUGAAAAGUUCCUCACUUUGCUUGACCUGAUCAACAGCAACUGGAAAUUGAUGAGCUCAACCUGGGGACAGCUGCUGUUCACCUUCCCAAAGAUCAUGAGAUACAUCCCCGGCCCUCACCGGCAGAUCUACAAGAACUAUCUGAAGCUGGCAGAGUUUGUGGGCGAACGACUGGAAGCAAACCGGCAGACGCUGGAUCCUAAUUCUCCACGGGACUUCAUUGACUGUUUCCUCAUCAAAAUCCAGCAGGAAAAGAACAACCCCAACAGUCACUUCAAUGAGGAUACCAUGUCCAAGACCACCGUGAACCUCUUCUUCGCUGGUACAGAGACGGUCAGUUCAACCUUGAGAUAUGGACUCCGCAUCCUCCUGAGGCACCCUGAAGUGGAAGAGAAACUCCACGAAGAAAUUGACCGAGUUAUCGGGCCAAACCGCAGCCCAUGCAUGGAGGAUCGGAGCCAGAUGCCCUACACUGACGCCGUUAUCCACGAAAUCCAGCGCUAUGCUGACAUUGUCCCCAUGGGAGUGCCACACACGGUGACGCGGGACAUUGAGUUCCGUGGAUACUCCCUCCCCAAGGAUCUCAACAUCAUCCCCUUGCUCUGCACCUCUCAGUUUGACCCGACACAGUUCAGGAACCCCGACUGCUUUGAUCCAACCCAUUUCUUGGAUGAGAACGGGAGGUUCAAGAAGAACGAUGCUUUCAUGGCUUUCUCUGCAGGCAAGCGUGUCUGCCUUGGCGAAGGCCUGGCCCUCAUGGAACUCUUCAUCUUCCUCACCACCAUCUUGCAGAACUUCAAGCUGAAACCCCUGAUGGACCCCAAGGACAUUGACAUCACCCCAGAGUCGACUGGCCUGGGCAGCAUCCCUCGCCCCUAUCAGUUCUGCCUCCUGCCCCGAUAGAGCACUGGUUGCAGGAGGAAUAGCUUGUUUGGCCCUUACUCUCACUGCUCCCUUCCAGCCAGUGAGGAAAACACGAUCUCCUCCUCCAGCCCUGUGUUGGCCUUCCUUCUCAAGCUGCUCAGGGUCCUUCUUGCACCAUCUCUUUCACUGCCUGCGUUCCACUGUCUUAUCUGAUGUUGAAACAGAGCUCACCCCCCUUUCUCAGCAACACUCCAGCCUCAUUCUUUGUUGAUUGCAGAAGUCAUGUUGAGAACAGAUAGGUUUGGUCUCUCUCAGGUUCAUCCUUUCCCCCACCUCUUGCCGUCAUUCUUUGGCCUCUUCUUACGUUGGCCUUUAAUUUUGGACUGACUCCUUCCCUUAUCAAUCAGCGGGGCCACAGACAUGGGUUUGCAGGGCCUGAGCAAAGCAGUGGGGCACAGGGAGUCUUGGAAAUGUCUCAUCCACAGAGUCGCCAUGAUUCAGGGCAGCUAACAUUCACUACAUUCAUGCCGUUACAUUCAGUGAUGUACAGGAAUUAGGAUUUAUGAAUAACGUUAGUACAAAUUUUUUUAAUAAGGAUUCUGCAUGGUAGCACUGGACAAGGUCAACUGGGUGGGGGGAUGGCACCAUGAGUUACAGCACUGGGUGACGCCAAACCUAGUGAUGCCACUGGGUCAGCAUUAUGAAAGAGUCACAGGUCAUGGGACUACUGCUCAGUGGGAUGACCAGUUGACCAGCAGUUCCACUUGCUUUCAAGGAAGAGUUAUAAAAGUCUGAAGACCACGAGGCAAAAGGAGAAGAACAAUGAUGACAAGGGGUCUGAGUGCCUGCCACACCUAUGGACAUUUGGAUAAAGCUGGGUCAUGCAAUUCACUCUCAGCCUGCCCUGUGAACAUCCAAGAUUUACAGGCACCUGUUUAUGAAUAGAAUUGAAAAAUGUCUUAGCCAGACGCAGCAGGGAAAUUAUGUUUCUUUUUUGUGAUGUUGGCUGAAUAUGAUCUAGAUCAGUGACUCCCAAACUUUGGUCCUCCAGAUGUCUCCCUGAAUUCCUGGCUAUUUAUCAGGAGUUGAAGUCCGGACCACCUGAUAGAUCAACAUUUGGGAUCCACUGAUCUAGAUUGUUCGGUAACUACUGUGCCUGAAGGGAACAUGCCCUUCAUGUAACAACACACUUUUUUGCUAUGCAGAGCCCUGUUUAGAAUAACAGACUCUCCCUCUCACACUCUUCAUGUCCUUUCUGCUCAGUGUGUGUGUAAGUGUGUUGCCCUUUGCAGAGACUGGGGUGGCAAGCACAAGGAAAGGUAGUAAUUUCCCACUGAAUUCCUAGUUAAAGUGGGGGAGGAGUUCAAAUCAGUGGGCGAUAACAGUGUAGAUGACCUCUAAAGGUCCUGCUCAGAAAUGGAUGGAUGAGAUGGCAUCUGCCUUCCCUGUGCUGAUUGCCAAACCCACCUUUUCUGCAAGGUCCUUGUUAUCCUGGCAUUAAACCUCUUUCAAAUUACGGAUGUAACAGAGUGAGCUGCUUUUACCCUUGCCAUCCAGAUAUUCAUUGGUUCUGCCACUGUUUUCAAUAGCGAGUUGCCCAUGCCAAGUCUGGGGUGUGGAGUGGGUGGGAUAGGUAGCCCUCUCCUUUUCUUCCCUACAAAACUCUGUGUAUUUCAGAUGGUGCUGCCUAAACCAUUAAAACCAUUCACACAAAA